AUGAACAACAUUCACGCGCCCACCGUGCCCUCGGGCCCGACGACGGCCCGCCAGACGAAUGGCGACGCCAAGAACCUCUCGUUCACUGAGCUUCAACGGAAGAAAGAGAACAUGGAAGCGGAGCUGACGGCCCUUGGCAGCGUCCUGGAUUCUGUUGGUAGCCGACUCGCGUGUCGAUCGUGUGGACUGGAGCGUGAUGUACUAACCGUCUGUCUUUCCAUCCAGCACAAUGUUGACAUGAACACGCCGCUUCUUACGCCUGACGGGUAUCCUCGAGCCGACAUUGACGUGGCGCAAAUACGGACAACGCGGUCGCGCAUCGUUCACUUGCGGAACGACUACAAGGACUUGAUGGGCGUCAUAGAAAAGUUCUUGCACGAGCACUUUGCCAGUCUCGAUGCAGACGCCACAGGGGCACAAGAUAGAGCAGACAACGCAGGCGCACCUGCUGCCCAAAUUCUCCCCGACUCGGUCCCAGAGGCGCUCGAGCCUCCAUUUGCAAAAGUCAACAGCGUUGUCCAUGGCAGCCCUGCCGCCGACGCCGGGCUGCAGGGGGGCGACCAAAUCCGCUCGUUUGGCUACGUCAACCACGCCAACCACGACGGCCUGAAGAAGGUCGGCGAGUGUGUGGCCGGAAACGAAGGCCAACGCAUUCUCGUCAAGGUCGCAAGGAGCACCGGCUCGGGUCGCUUACAAGAGAUCCGCCUGAACCUAACGCCGCGUCGAAAUUGGGGUGGACGAGGGCUUCUGGGGUGCCACAUCUUGCCGAUAUAG